UCGUCGCCACCGCUCUCUUUCUACAAUUUGUUCUGCAGCAGAUUGUGAUUCGCCACACGCCAUCCCUCCCUCUCUUCCACCGACCGCCUUCGCUUUCUUCUUGUCUCUUUGAUUUCUUCAUCCGCGGGGUACCCAAGGCCAGAGCAGAAGAAGAGAAGCAUGGAGGUCGAAGCAACCCGAGCGUGAGAGAUUACUGAAUUUCCCGUUUUCUUUUUGAUCUUCUCACCGGAGCCAGAUGCAUUCCCUGAAGGAGAAAGUCUUCGGCCUCUUCUCCAAUUCAACUAGCUCGUCGUCCUCUAAAUCGUCGCCCCCUGAUCCUCGUAGUCAGGCCAGGCCAAAAUCGAAAGGAAGAAAAUCACUGUCUUCGUAUUUUUCGCUGGUAAUCCAUUCCAUACAUGGAUCUAAAUCAGCUAGUUGUCACCAUGACGACAAUGCAGUUCAAUCUCCCUCGGUUCAAUUUUGUGAUGCAAACAAUGAUUUCCAGGAGGAAGGCUCAGAUACUCUUACAGAACGUAGUCUAGUAUGCAAGACGAAAGAAGUACCUAGUAAUCAGGGAGAAAAUGAGGAUUGUGGUUCAGCGCAUGAGAAAAAGGUAAAACUGAAUAUACCAGGAGUUGACGAUGACCCAGCAUCUGGAAAGAGCACUUGUAGUUCAGAUGUAUUUGAAGAAGCUAUGGAGCGGCCCUCUCCAAGAAAGCCCUUAUCAGACCUCACAGAUGAGUCGUGUUUUAUUUCUGAAGACUUGUAUGAAUUCCUGGGAUGUUGUCUGCCCAACAUUGUGAAAGGGUGCAAAUGGAUCCUAAUGUACAGUACGGCGAAGCAUGGUAUAUCUCUUCGAACACUUAUUCGCAAGAGCCAUGAUCUUUCUGGCCCUUGUUUACUGAUUGUUGGAGAUACACGAGGUGCUAUAUUUGGUGGUCUUCUAGAAUGCCCGUUGGAGCCUACACCCAAGAGAAAGUAUCAAGGAACAAGCCAAACAUUUGUCUUUACCACAAAAUAUGGUGAACCAAGGCUUUUUAGACCAACUGGAGCUAACCACUAUUAUUAUAUUUGCUUGAACGACUUACUAGCACUUGGAGGUGGUGGUAGCUUUGCCUUAUGUUUGGAUGGAGAAUUAUUAAGUGGAACUAGUGGACCAUGUGACACAUUUGGUAGCUUAUGCUUGGCGCAUGACCCAGAGUUUGAGCUGAAAAAUGUUGAGUUGUGGGGUUUUGCACAUGCGUCAAGAUACUUCACCUGAAGACUUUGUUAUGAUUCUUUUCAGAGUUUGUGCUUAUUUUUAAUUAUUUGUGAUUAUAUUAUUCAUUCUUCAUUUUUUUCCUUUAACUAUUUCAUUGAUUAUUUAAUUAAAAAUUUUUAUGCAUAUUAUGCAUUCCUGUAUUCUACUGUUGACCACACAUAUUUGCCAAUCAGCUGGUUCCAAAUAUAGACCAGAGAAUCAAGAAUAAAUGAAUUUGACAGAUGAAAUUUCAUGCUUCAUGUUGAAUAUUGAUCAAAAUAUAGUUCAGCGGUAAUUGACAUAUAUCUCCAACCUCUUAGUUAUGAGUUCGAUCCCCCACCCCCACAUGUUGUACUAAAAAAAACAUAGAAUUAAUAUUUAUAGUUUUCUAGUUUCCUCUUGAUGAACGUAGAAAGACAUCAUAUUCCCUCAUUCUCAUUAACAAUACAGCGAGUAUUGAAAG